AUGGAAAGCCAAAACAAAAGUAAUGGGUUUAUCAUUCUGGGAUAUUCUGGCAGCCCGGAGAUACAAGGUGUGUUUUUUGUGUUGUUCUUGACAUUGUAUGCUAUGUCACUGCUGGGGAAUGCUUUAAUCAGUACAAUCGUCUGGCUGGAACCUGCCCUUCAUACCCCUAUGUGCUGGUUCAUUGCUAACUUAUCACUGGUGGACCUCUGCUACACCUCCGUCACAGCCCCUCAGAUGCUAGUGAACAUCUUCUCAAAAGACAAAGCCAUCUCCUUCUCGCGCUGUGCUGCCCAACUGUAUUUUCUUCUCUCUCUGGGAACCACAGAGUGCUUCCUCCUUGCCGCCAUGGCAUAUGACCGUUUCAUGGCCAUCUGCAACCCACUGCAUUAUGCAUCCAUCAUGAGGAAGGACCUGUGUGCCUGGCUGGUGGCAGGGUCAUGGACUAGCGGGAUGGUACUUUCACUGGGACAAACCAGCCUGAUAUUUGCCCUUCCUUUUUGUGAGGACAACCAGAUCAACUAUUUCUUUUGUGAUAUCCCUCCACUCUUGAGUCUGGCAUGUGGAGAUACAUCUAUUAAUGAAAUCACUGUCUUCUUGGCUGGACUGCUAAUUACUUUGAUACCCGCUUUGUUAAUACUAGGAUCCUAUAUCCAUAUAAGUGCCACCAUCCUGAAAAUUGCAACGGCAAAGGGUAGGCAGAAGGCCUUUUCCACCUGCUCCUCACACCUCAUUGUCAUAAUUCUGUUCUACGGAUCUGCCAGUACUAUGUACUUGAGACCCAGGUCCAGCUAUGUUCUUGAAAAUGACAAAUUUAUUGCACUGCUCUACUCCAUUAUCACCCCGGCCCUUAAUCCUAUCAUCUACAGUUUGAGAAGUAAGGAGAUCAAUGGGGCAUUGAAGAGAAGAGUGUUUUCAAAAUGA